AUUAUGAACAAUAUGAAUUGAUCAAAAAUAUCAAUAGAAGUGUAAGAAUGGACAUGGUAGAAGCAUACAAGCCAGCAAUUACUAUGAUUUUCUUACAAUUCGUAUACGCAGCUCUGAAUCUGUUCGGUAAAGUAGUGUUCUUACAAGGAAUGAGUCCAAGGGUGUUGGUCGUUUACAAGCAUGCAAUUGCAACUUUGACCAUGGCUUCCCUGUCAUUUCUUUCAACAAGGGGCAAUUCUGCUAAGCCUACCCUCGGAUUAAAGGGAUUUGCCUGGACUUUUCUUGCCUCUCUUAUUGGGAUAACUCUGUACCAAAAUGCGUAUUUUGAAGGACUAAAUCUGGCCUCUCCUACUGCAGCCAGUGCAAUUCCUAAUAUAAUCCCUGCCAUCACAUUCCUAUUCUCAGCCAUACUAAGGUUGGAGAAGGUAGAUAUAAGAAGUUUGAGAAGUAUAGCCAAGAUUGGUGGUACCAUCUUGUGUAUAAGUGGAGCCAUUUGCAUGGCUUUACUCAAAGGUCCGAAACUGUUAAACUCGGAACUAGUCUUAUCGCGUUCUGAGGGCGGAAAUUGGGUGUUGGGAUGUCUACUUCUCACCGGAGCUUGUUGUUUGUGGCCACUUUGGCUUAUUAUUCAAGUGCCGGUUUCAGUAAACUGUCCUGAUCACUUGUAUUCAACUGCCUGGAUGUGUUUUUUCGGUACAAUAGAGUGUGCAGUAUUUGCUCUGGUAGUAGAGAAAGAUGCUGCAGUUUGGAAAUUGAAAUCAUAUCUUGAAAUGGGCUUUUGUUUGUUAGGGGGAACAGUAGUGGCGUUGUCAUUGUUUCUUCAAACAUGGUGCAUUUCUAAAAGAGGUCCACUCUUUACUGCAAUGUUCAAUCCUUUGUGCACUGUUAUAGUAGUCAUCUCAGCUGCUAUAUUUCUUCACGAGGAGACGUAUUUGGGGAGCUUGCUUGGUGCUUUAGUUGUCAUAAUUGGUCUUUACAUUGUGCUAUGGGCUAAAGCCGAAGAGGCCGAAGAAAUUCGGAAACCAAAAGAUGAGUCCAGAAUUGUACAAGUGAUCGUCGAUCACUCUCUACGUAAAGCUGAAUUGGAAGAACCACUCCUUUCCUAGAAAUCGGCAUGUUGAUCAAGAAUAUAAUACUUGGCUUGGAUGUUUGGUUUAGUUGUUUCAAAAUCAAAUAUAAAUUGUUCGACUCCCAGCUGCUAAUUUAUAAAAUCAGCAGUCAUUAUUUUUUUUAA